GAGGAGCCUCCGAAGCCGCCGCGCCUGCCCCCCGCGGCGCGGCGCCGGCCCGACCUCUCCGCGGGCGCGCCCGCUGGGGCCGUGUUCGUGCACGGGGCCGGCGACUGCGACCAGCUCGGCCUGGGGGACGCUUGCCGGGAGCGCCGCAAGCCCGCGCCCCUGCGCGCCCUGGAUGGCCACCAUGUGGUCUCCCUGGCGUGCGGCGGGCUCCACACGCUCUGCCUGACGUCGGACGGGCGGGUCUUUGCCUGGGGCUGCGGCGACGACGGCGCGCUCGGUCGACCGGGCGGCCCAGGGGACUGCGAGCCGCGCCCAGUGGGGCUGCCCGCAGGUGCGGCGGUCGGCGCAGUGGCCUGCGGCGACAGCCACAGCUGUGCUCUGGACCUCUCUGGCCGGCUGUGGUUGUGGGGCAGCUACAAGGACUCCUACGGGUUCGUCGGGGUCCCGCGCGCCGGGGGCUCCGUGCUCGAGAAGAGCCACCAGCCCGGCCUGGUGGAAGGGCUGCCUCCAGUGGCCGGAGUGUCCAGCGGCUCCAACCACACCCUCGCCCUCUCGGCUUGUGGCCAGGCGUUCGCCUGGGGGUCCAACCAGACUGGCCAGCUGGGCAUCGACAGCGCGGAGUGUUGCGAGUGCCAAGAACCCAAGAGGAGGGCACCUCGCCGGGCGGGGCCGGGCAGCGGUCGUCCGCGCGCCGGGCGACGCUGGCAGAGAGGCAGGCGCUGCUGCGGCCGCAGGCCCUGCGCCUGGGGCCCGAGGUGCGCGGCGCUUUCGCGUCCGCGGAGGGCAGCUUCUGGACCGUGGCGGGCGCCGCCUUCGGUUGCGGCCUGAACGCGGACGGGCAGGUGGGCGUGGGCCACGCCCGCGCCUGCGUGGCGCGUUACCAGGAGGUGCCCGAGAUCGGUGGCGCCGCGUGGAUCGGGGGCGGCACCCGUUUCUCCGCCGCGCUGGUCGGCGGGGGGCACGCCGGCGGAUUCACGUGGGGCAGGGCGGCGGAGUGUGGGCGCGGCGAGCCGGCGCACUCCGCGCUGCAGCUGCGGCCCGCUCCGCUGGACCUGCCGCCCAUCCGCGCGCUCCGCUGCGGCAUGAGCCACGCCCUGGCGUGCUCUGCCGAUGGCGAGGUCUUCCUCUGGGGCUGCGGCACCACGCACCAGCUCGGCAACCGGCCCCGCUCCGCCGAGGACCCGCACGACGCCGAGGCGGAGCCCGGGGACGAGCUCGUCCCGUACCGCCUGUCGUCGAGGCGGCUCGAGGGGCGCUUCGUGCUCCUGGCGGACGGGGGCGCGCAGCACACGGCCGAGCUAGUGUGGCGCGAGGGCCCCGACGGGGUGCAGGACCCGUGCGCGGAGAGUGACUGCGAGGAGGCGCCCGCGGGGCCCGGCGGCGAGGCGCCCGCGCUCGAGCCGCCUGCGGCCGCGGAGGCCGGCGGCGGCGGCGACGUGGUGGUGGUGAGCACCAGCGCCGAGUUCUGGCGGGUGCAGGUCGAGGCGGUCUACCGGCGCCGCAACCCGUACAAGCUGCAGAACGUCCCUGCCCUCCUGGAGAAGUACAGCGGCCGCGAGGCGACGCUGUACGCCAAGGUCUGCCUGAAGUACGGCCUGGACCCCGGCCGCUUCUACGCGGAUCCCGCCGCGUGGGAGGGCGAAGAGGGCGACGUGAAGGACGACGGUGAGGAUUCGUCGCCGCGGCUGCGCGACGAGACCGGCGGCGCGCUCCCAGCAGCGACGGCCGCCGGGCGCAGCGAUGAUGCUGGCGGCGACCCGCCGCCCGCAGAGCAGCUGCUGCUGCUGCUGCCCGGCCAGGCCGCCGGCCCCGCCGGCCCGCCCUCCUCCGCCCCGCCUGCGGCGGAGGGCGCCCCAGCCGUCUUCUACUUCGGGGCCACCGCCGCGGGGGGGAGAGGCGGGGGAGCCGGCGACAGCGGCAGCUCGGACGGGGAGGGGGGCGCCCCGCCCACCCGGGCGAGGCGGGGGGCGGCCGCCGCCGGGGCGGGGCCCCGCGGCGAGGCCGCGGCCAGGCCCCGCGGGCCGCGGGCGGGCGUGCUGAAGGCGAAGCGGCCCCCGGGCGGGCGCGGGCGGGGCCCGCGGUGA